UUUUAACUCUCAUUCCAGCAAGUUUGAUAUAUCGGACUCGAUUUUUACUAUAAAGAAAACUGUCAUUUCCACUCUCUAUAAUGCCCGUAUACUACCGAUACUACGUUUUUUUCCUGUAUUUUUCAUUUGAAGUAUAAACAAAAAAACUGACGAAAGUCAAAUUACAAAAACUAUUCGGCAAUGUGUUAGAGAAAGACAAAUUAUGUGUGAAGAACAGCUGAGUUUUGACGUUUCAUUACCGAAAUUCAAAUAAACGAAAUUAAAAUUGAUGUAAAACAGUUUUGUAACAAUAAAAAUGAAAUUAAAGUGGCGAGACAACUACGCAUUCCAUUUAAUUGAAAAAGUCCACGGUGCAGAAUAUAUAUGGAAUCAUAUGCUACCAUCAUAUAAGCCCAAAUAUAAAAAGCAGCAGUUUUGGCUCGCUUUGGUGGAUGAAAUGAACUCAACGUUCACAGCAAAUGUACCAUUUCAAUACGAUGAAGUUACGCACAAGUGGUGCAACAUCAAGUCAUAUUUCAGUUCAGAGAAGCAGAGGAUGGACAAGGCAAAGAGAAGCGGUGCCGGCGGAGACGAAAACGUACAGACCAGCUGGAAGUUCUAUGAAGCUUUGAAAUUCCUACAACAUGUGAAUGAGCAUACACCAUCAGUGAAUAAUUUUAAUAAGUGGAGUUUGCAGAACCUGGACCCUGAUCCCAAUCCAUCGCGUAAGCUUGGGGAGCAACUGCAGCCUGCAGAAUGUUUCGAUCCAGGCUUUGACUCAGAGUCAUCCUUUUCACUCAUCGAAGACAACACAGAGUUCAUUACAAUUACCCCUCUUGCAAUUACAAGUAACAGCAGUAUCCAGUCGCUCCAAGAUACUAAAAACAUCUCUACAGAAGACACUAAUAGUGAUGCAACACCAAUUAAAAUCAUAUCGGAUGAGAUUGUAACUCCACCUCUGGUUACUUCGCAAAACUGUGGUCGGUUUGAUGACAAUAACAACAAUAGCACUAGAAAGUUGGUCCAUGCAACAAGAAAACGAAGAACAAAAAUUAAUAAUGAUUUGGAUGAAAACGCCUCUGCUUUAAUCGAAGCAUCACAAAAUUUAACAAAUGCCUUUCAUGUUGCAUCAAAAACAAAUAACACUGACGAAAAGGCAAACAGUUUUGGGAUAUACAUGGGUGAAGAAAUUGUAAAACUGGACCCCGACUUGCAACUCAAAGCGAAGAAACAAAUGCAUGACAUUUUGAUGGAUCUGCAAAGUGAGCAAUUGAAACGGAAUGGGCUUAUGUAACACAAUGACUAUUUAUAUGUAUGUAUGUACACUCAUAGACAAAAAUAGGAGUGUCCCUUUUUGUCAUGUUUUGACCAUUUUCCGUAGGUUAUUGAAUUUUAAUAACUUAUUUAUAAAACUUUAGUUAACUCUACAACCAAACACAUAUCACUAGAAGCUUUAAACUUUAAACAAAAUUCAAGAAAAUGCAUAAAAUUACAUAACAAUUUCGAACUUCCUUUUAAGUAUUUCAAAAACAAAAUGGGUUGUUGCGGCGCCCUCAGCUUAAAAAAAACAAUACCCAAAAUUAACGGUGAUCUUAAGCCACUUGAAAUUUGCCAUUUAUUACAUAAAAAUUACACAUCUACACAGACAUGCAAUUUUCUUUUUAAUAUUUAAAAGAAAAAAAUCGAAAUUUUGAUGAGUUUUCCUGAAUUUCGUUUAAAGUUUAAAAGUUUUAUUGAUAUGGUUUUGUUUGUAGAGUUAACUAUACAUCCCGUGUCAUAAUUAUAAACGCACCACAUAUUGCCAAGUUUAAAGAUUUUUAAUUAAUGGGGUGUAUUUUUAUAAGUAAAUUAUUAAAGUUCAAUAAACAAAAGGAAAAUAGUCAAACUUUACGAAAGGAGGCAGAGUUAUUAUUUUGCCGAGUGAAUAUGUAUUUUGAUUAUUCUUACCACUUUUUUACCUUAUUAUUACUUUCAUUAAAAUAUUUGGUUGCUCUAAUUGAAUCAAAAA